AUGGGAUUUUGUCGAAGAUGUGGAGAUAUUGUGGCAGGCACUCGUUGCCGUUGCGGAGGUACUGCUGUAGCUCCUGCGGUCUCUUUCAACCGUGAAGGCAACUCAUCCGGCAGUCACGAUAGAUGGUCCAAGACCUAUGUGGCCCCCCAGCGAUCACCUUCCCCUGUGCGCGUGCCCCAGCAGGUCAUGAACUCUGUACCCGAUGCGACAACCCAAGUCCCCACGAAUACAUUGCGCUCUCCAUCUACGAAGCGAUUUCCAAGGCCUAAAUCAACAACCUUCGCUCCUUCUUUUUCUCUGAAGUCGGGGGUGUCUGACCACAUUACUCUGGCGACUUCCCCGUCACCCCGUCCACCAUCCCCCCUCAAGUACUCCGCAACAGUAGCAGAUGCGGCUGCUGAUAUUAUUCCAUCGUUUUCUCGCCAUGAACCUAUGCUUUCCAAAGUCUACGGCUCAAUACUGCAACCUGCGGACACCCUACCCCUUCACUCUUGCGCUAUUUGCGCUUCCGUUUUUCCUCCAGAUGCUACCAUAUACCCAAAUCUUUCUGACUCGCCUUCGGGCGCCAAAACGUUCCUCUGCAAAUCCUGUUUUACAACAAAUGGUGGCACAAAGGGCGUCUGUCCUUCAUGCUCAAGACCCGUCCUUGCCCUGAAGGCUGAGGGUGGAUUCAUUCAAACGGGUGGUAAGUAUUGGCAUAAGCGUUGUUUUAGCUGCACUGGGUGUUUCAAGAACAUUGGAGACGCUCCCAUGGUUGACCUUCUUGGCCGCCCUACUUGUGUGGAAUGUUUUGAUAAUUGCCUCAAACGUGAACCCACCACCCCCAAGAAAGGUGCCACCAGUAAUAACAACAGCCCUAGCAUCAGCAAUCCUGGCGGACUCAAUGCAAGUUAUGGGCCUGGUGGAAAGAAGAGUCGAGAAAGCAGCCCAGCUAUCGAAGAGCUCGAACAACGACUGGGAAUCGUGAAGUCUCGGGAAGGCAGCCCCGCUAUCAACAUGGACCGUGCAACGUCUUCAAGAAACAGUAUGAUUAUUUCUCCUCUGAAGUCGACGUCAGGUAAUGAAUCUCCCCUCUACGACGGGUCUCCUAAGCCUCGACGUUUUCAUUCUCCCAAUGCAUCAUCCACUCGCCCACGACUCUCCAGAAGUAUGUCCGGGUUGUCUCUAGGGGGCGAUAGUCCAAGCCGCAAUCCCCUGUUUUCUACUCCGCCAAAGCCACCACAGUCUGUAGUGUCACCAACUUCCUCUCCCUCGUCAAGCCAUUCUGAAAGGAACACCAGCUUGGAAGAUACACACGACGUAGUUUCUCGUCGGCUAGCUAACACAACGCCGACGGCCGCGAAAUCGCCCAAGACCACUGUUCAGCAAGUACCAGCGCCAGCAGUGACUUCGUCUCCGGUUACCGUUUCAGCCUCUUCUACUUGCGGGCGAUGCAGCAAACCUAUUCUCAAUCCUCGCCAGGGUGGUCAAUUUGUGACCAUCCCAGGAGCCGACGAAAACACAGUGCCGCAACUGUAUCACAGUGACUGCUUCAAAUGCAGCGUCUGUGAUAAGGGUUUUAACGACGCAAAGAAAGGUCAGGUGUCUUUUGUCCAAGGUCCGAAUGGCCCAUGCCAUCCUCAGUGUACGCCUACCGAACGUUUCGUUGUACGCAUGCCUCCGCAAGUCAAGUCCUUGCCAAUGUCACCCCCGCCUUCUGAAUCGCUGGAACCACGCCCGCUAUCAACGAUAAGGUCCAAUGCGCCAAUGCCGCCUCCAUCAAGUAGAUUUGAACGGCCGCUAGCGCCGCCUCAUUCUCCUACGAAACCCAGCCACCUACGUUUUGGUGGCCAAGCCACCUGUCCUGGUUGCCAGAAACCUGUUUCCCCGAUGGAACGUGGAGUCGUUCCCGGUCCUCAGGGUUCGCGGUGGCACUCGUCCUGCCUUGUCUGCGGCGGCAGAAAGGAGGUGACCACGGUGAUGCUAUUAGGACGACCGCGAGAGGAAAGAAAGAAGGGAGAACCUGGUUGUGGCAAGAAGCUCGACAGUGCCGCAAAGAGCGACGGGGAGGGCGGUGUUUGGUGUCGAGAGUGUCUUCUCCUACUUGGCGUGGGAGGGUCGCGCCAAGGGUCGCCCGCUCGUUCGCCCCUUGUCCCUUCCUUUACUGGAAGUUCGAAUAAACUGGCGUCUCAGGUAACGGGCACAACAACACUUGCUCGACAAUUUACGGGAGUGAGAGGGGGCGAAGCGAUCUUAAGACAACUCACGGGCGGAGGAUUGAGCCCUACUCGGAGCAUCAGUCCGACUAAACAGCUAGGGAUGAUGGGAAGUGGGGGGACGCGGUCAAGGCCCAAGAGCGUGAUUGGGCUGCGAAGCGCGAAGAGUAUCGACGAAGGACGCGGUAUGUUUCUCGUUAGGCAGAUGACUGGUUCUAGUAGUGGCGGGUUGUAA